GCUGUGCUCGGCAGCCGCCGCCGCCGCCGCAGUUGUGCAAGAAUACAUGGCAGAAUGUUAGCUCGUGAACCGGCCCGAAAGCCAUAGGCAAAAAAUAAAUAAAAAAAAUAAGCUCGCGACAAUGAACGGGACGUGUGUGACGAAGAACAGAGAAUAUCGCGCAUGAAUUAGUGCUGAGAAGAGACCGUAUCGUGGAGGAGGACUAUUUCUCUCUGACGAGUGCUUGCUCCCCUGUGGAGCUAUCAUCGCUUUCCCGAGGUGUGAGGAAGGCCUCAGCAUGUGUAAAAACCGCUGGCCUUGCCCACGAGCGCAAUGUGGUUUUCUCGGUUUUGCAGCGGAUGAACGAUAGCGCGUGUCCUUCUUUCCCUCCGGCGUUCCUCUGUCCUUUUAUACAUCACCAAAACCACCACCACCACCACCACCAUCAUCAUCAUCAUCAUCAUCAUCAUCACCACCAUCAUCACCACCUUCCAUCAUCUGGACUAUCUCGGACCUGUAUAUGACGACGGUGUGGGGACAGUGAUGACAGCACGCUUCAGGUUGUCUACUGGCAGAAGCGCCGAUGUGGGAGAGACAGAAGCAGCCCGAGACAGGCCAAGCUCGCAGCUGCUGUGUAAUAUUCUGCUGCUGGACAACACCGUGCAAGCCUUCAGAGUUAAUAAGCAGGAUCAGGGUCAGGUCUUGUUGGAUGUAGUCUUUAAACAUCUGGAACUGACAGAGCGAGACUAUUUUGGACUGCAGCUCACUGACGAUUCCUCAGACAGCCAGCGUUGGCUGGACCCAAGCAAACCUCUGAGGAAACAGCUGAAAAUGUCACUGUUUUCAGGGGUGGCUCCGAAUAACCUGAGCUUUCGGGUGAAGUUCUUUGUAGGAGACCCAAGCAAACUGCAGGAAGAGUACACAAGGUACUUGUACUUCCUGCAGCUGAAGCAGGACAUCCUAAGUGGCAGGUUACCAUGCCCACAGAGCACAGCAGCCCUGUUGGCCUCCUAUGCCGUCCAGGCCGAGCUGGGUGACUACAGCCAGUCGGAGCAUUCGUCUGGCUACCUCUCAGAGUUCACAUUCAUCUCUAACCCUCCAGAGGACUUUGAGAAGGAGGUCGCCAAACUGCACCAGCAGCACAAUGGACUCUCUCCAGCUCAGGCAGAGUUUAACUACUUGAGUGCCGCUAGCUCAUUAGAGCUGUACGGAGUGGAGCUGCACUCUGCUCGGGACCAGCAGAACGCCGAGGUCUACAUUGGAGUCAUGUCUGCCGGGAUCUCCGUCUAUAAGAACAGGAUACGGGUGAGCCACUGUCCGUGGGUGAAAAUUGUAAAAAUUUCUUUUAAAUCCAAACAGUUUUAUAUGCAACUUCGAAAAGAAUCGAGUAAGAGCCGUGGCUGUCUGAUGGCCUUCACCCUUGUGAACUAUCGCGCGUGUAAGAAUGUGUGGAAGGCCUGCGUGGAGCACCACACCUUCUUCAGGUUGGAGCAACCCACUCAGCCUCACAGAAGCUUCUUUGCACACUACUUCACCAUCGGCUCCAAGUUUCGCUACUGUGGAAGGACGGAGGCUCAGUCUGUCCAGUACGGGAAAGAGAGAGGGGUGAAGGACAGGGUGUUCGCUAGGUCACCAAGCAAGCCCCUGGUGAGGAGGCUGGUGAGCGGAAUGGACUGGGAUACAGUGAGCAGGAAUUCUCUCUCAGACGACCGACUAGAAACACAGAGUCUACCAAACCGCUCACCUCCGGGCUCUCCCAACCAUUCCAUUUUCACUCCGGAUGGGACUCGAGUCCGGCCGUCCUCCAUCGGACACCUGGUGGAUCAUGUGAUCGAUGACUCACCAUGCCAAGCGUUUUCCAACCAUAAGUCUGCGUCCUCGACACAGGCGAACAGCAUCAGUCUGGAUUCUACACCGUCUCCCGAUGUCCUGGUAGAAUGCCAGCCACCUGCUCUUCCCCCCAAGCAGUCCAGGAGGAACCUUGUCAGUCACAUCAGCCAAUCACAGUCUGAGCUGGAGCUGGAUGACCAUGCAUCCGAACUCUACGAGGUGCCAGUGGACAAGGGCCUGCAGAAUGGUUCAGUUCCACACGACAACCUUGUCUCGAUUAAAAUGAAGCCGGAUGAAAAUGGGCGUUUUGGAUUCAAUGUCAAGGGUGGCGCUGAUCAAAGAAUGCCAAUCAUUGUGUCUCGCGUGGCUCCUGGAACUGCGGCUGACCUGUGUGUGCCACGUCUUAAUGAGGGUGACCAGGUGGUUUUGAUCAAUGGGAGAGACAUCUCUGACCACACGCACGACGAUGUAGUUAUGCUAAUCAAGGCCAGCUGUGAGAACCAAUCAGGAGAGCUCAUUCUUCUAGUCAGACCCAAUGCAAUCUACGAUGUGGAUGAGGAGGAAGAGAAGCUGGAUUUGGAGCCUGAAUUCCAGUUUAUUCCUGAGAGCUGUGGGUUGGAGCGUUCCCACUCUGAGCCGGAUGGCUGGAAAUCCUCCUUCCAGCUGCUGCGGGACGGUCUGAGCAGUGGCAGUGCACUCACGCAGUUCGAUCAACUAUAUAGAAAAAGACCUGGAAUGUCCAUGUCAUGUGCCAGGCUGCCCCAGAAUGUGUUGAAAAAUCGCUAUCGAGAUAUAUCGCCAUAUGAUGCAACUCGAGUCAUUCUGAAGGGAGAGGAGGACUACAUCAAUGCAAAUUACAUCAAUAUGGAGAUCCCUGGUGGUGGUGGGGUGAGGCACUAUAUUGCAUGCCAGGGACCGUUGCCUUGUACCUGUGGGGACUUCUGGCAGAUGGUGUGGGAGCAGAACAUCACUCUAGUGGUCAUGCUUACGACACAGGUGGAGCGCGGCAGGGUGAAGUGUCACCAGUACUGGCCAAACGAGGCUGCCACUGGCACCUAUGCCGGGUUCCAGGUGUCCUGUGUGUCUGAGCAGGGCAACCCUGCAUACCUGCUCAGGGCUCUGACACUUACACACCUGGAGAGUAAGGAGGAGAGGCAGCUGUGUCAGAUGCAGUACAUGGCUUGGCCUGAUCAUGGGGUUCCAGAUGACUCCACAGACUUCCUGAACUUUGUCAGUCUGGUGCGCAGUCAGCGAGGCGAAUCACAGGAACCCGUACUGGUGCACUGCAGUGCUGGGAUUGGUCGGACAGGGGUUCUGAUCACCAUGGAGACAGCCAUGUGUCUGAUAGAGCACAGUCAGUCUGUGUAUCCGUUGGACAUCGUUCGAACCAUGAGAGACCAGCGGGCCAUGAUGAUUCAGACUCCAAGCCAGUACCGGUUUGUUUGCGAGGCCAUCCUGAGAGUGUACCACGAGGAGAUGGUGAAACCGCUGGAGCCACCAGAGCCAGCGGCCUGUGAUGCAGAGGACUGAAGACCUGGACCUCAUAGGCCCCUCCGUGCUGCUGCUACUACUGCCUGAGACAGCUGCAACUAGCCCUCCAAUGCCCCCUGCUGGGCAGCAGCAGACAUGACACCUUUGAGCAGCAACACAGGCAACAAUGCACUAUUUGCACUUUAUGUUAACACGUCACAACUUGAGGGGGAUAUAGACAAAUGCAUAAAUGUUAACAAUUAAAAACAUUCAGGAUGGGGGAAAAAAAUCCAGAAACGAACAAAAGACAAUGUUGACUGUAGUGCCAUAGACUGAAAUAUACUGAGGGGAACCCAGUCAGGAUGAAACUCAAAUUUCUAACAGCACUUCCUGUUUUUAAAGCUAUUUAUUAUUAUUUUAAAGGGCCGCUAACCUCCCCACCACACCCCCAGUAGAUCUCUUGGUACUUGGAGCAGUUAGGCCUCUGAAAUCUUCCCUCAAGCUCUGCAAGUGAUCCACUGUGAAAUCUGCCUCCUAUCACAACAUAUUUGUUUGCACAAGUUCAGCCUCCUACUCCUCCUCCUCCAAAAAAAAAAAAAAAGCAACCCACAAACAAAAACCCCAAAACCAAGCCUGGUACUACUGCUUUAACAAGCACUGUCCUACAUUAGACAUGGUCGCACAUCUGUCUGGGUCCUCAACCACUGUAUGUCAGAAUUGUACAAAAGGUGGAAGCCAACACCUAGGAAUCCAGCUACUGUGUACAGUGUUAAAAGCAAUGUGAAAAUGUUCCUUUCUAGAAGAACACUGCUGUAAGCAUUUGCCUGUGAGACACACCAGGUCAGAACAUCUGCUUCUGCUUCCAGUUUUAUAGUUCUCAGAGCACAUGGUUCAUACAUUUGAGAUUAUAUAUAAAAAAAAUUAACCUCACAGUCCUGUCCCACUGCAGUGGUCAGAUAUUGUUACCUGCUCAAGGGCGACAGCUUUUGGGUCUCAGUAGUGAAGCGGUUUGCUUGUGUAAUGAAACAGAUCCUUCUGCAUUUCAACAAGCAGUACCUGUUCAGCAGUAAGAAUACCGGUGAAGAUGAGCUAGUUACACAUGUUCUUUGAUCUCUCAUUCUGAGAAGACCACCUGCCCCUCCAGUGUUGAGGUUUUGAAUAGAUUUCUGUUGAGAGACACUUCAGACAGCAGGCGUUCCACACAAGUACGAGUUGUUGGCCAGGUCACUGGGACUCGUCUGCGUUUGUCACCUAUAUCGAGGUGAGUUCUGAGGUAAAAGGUGAGGGAUCCCAGCCCUCCACGUGGCUAACUGAGGUAAGGGUGAGGCUUCUGCUCCUGUACCUGCCGUAGGUAAAGGUGCUGUAGGCCUGGGCCCUGCACCGGUACUGCUGGCCCUGUCCCUGCUGUAGGUAUCUGCUGUAUCCAGAUAACUGGAUGAAAUGAUCUGCCCUCUGCAGGCAGAGGUCUUGGUUUAUAUUCUAAGCAUCUUUUUCCCCCCCCCCCCCCAACCUCCUCCAAUGCUUCCGGUUCCCCAAAUUUUAGCCACGCGCUGGUACUGGGAGCGUACCGCUCGCCCUCUAUGAAAAUGCUUUAGGCUGCAUCUCAGCCUUUGGUUGUUUCCAAAUACAAAACCAAACUUCUGGAGUAAACAUGGAGUUCACUUUGCCCUGAACCCCCAGUCCCCCCCCCCCCAUCUCUGAAGUAACUGGAAAAAUGAAUUGACCAACUACUGUUUUACAUCCCCUAUGGCAAGUUCCUGCCUCCCCCUUCCUUUGUCUCUUCAUCCACCCUCCCCAGCUCCUCAUUAACGAUGGCAUUCCAUACCCUGACCCGGGCCCUAACUUCAGCCGCUAGAACCAGCGCAUUUUUCACCCUCACCAGUGUCCAUCAGGCUACGAUGUCACCAUGCGAGCUUCCGUGCGUGUUGUGAUGACUUGAGCUAUAGAUUUGCUAUCGAUAUUGUGUUGGGACGAUGGUAUUUUUGUAUUUUAAAGAGGGAAAAAAAAACAAAACAACAACAACAACAAAAAAACAAAACCCACACACACCAACCAUGGCCAGCACUUUCCAGCUGACUGUAGUAGCCUGCCGUGCUACAUAUUCUUACUGUAGUUUUGGGAGAGGGGAGUCAUCUGGAAAUUAGAUUUCUGAUACAUUUGUUAAACAGAGACACCUGUAGGGCAAACUCUUAACUACAUUGUGUCGCUUGGUAAAUAUUUGUAAAUAUGUUGUUAUAUAUUAAAAGUGUUCUGAAAA